AUGUGGAAGCUCCUAUUGGUGCAAAUAUUGUUCAUUAACCAGUGUGCUGGCAUAAAUGGAUAUUAUGAAUUAGGCGAGAGCAGAAUUGUGAAGGACAACUUCACUAACAAAUGCUUUAGUCAACCAAUUAUCAAGCAGCAUCAUGGUGCUUUUAAUGAAAGUCGAUAUAAACGUCGCAUUGAUACGACAUUUUACGGAAAUCCAAAACCGCGGGCUGAGUUAUUGGUCAGCAAAUUCCAUAUAAAUGCAUACAACUUUGACCAGACAAACUCCCUCGUGGCUUUGGUUAACAAGAUAGCUGAGGAGUACUUGAGGAAGUGUCCUCCCGUAAUAUACUAUGAUAGUUUCGUCGAAAAAUCAGAUAGCUUAAUAUUAGAAAACCUUUUUAAGACUAUUCCUGUUACGUUUUAUCAUGGCGAAAUCAAUUCGCGCUAUGAAGCUAAAAAUAAAAAAUUCACCAGCCGCAUUGACGUCCACUGCAAGAGUUAUAUUCUAUUCCUCUCUGAUCCAUUGAUGACGCGAACGAUUUUGGGCCCCCAAACAGAAAGUCGAGUGGUGCUUGUGUCACGAUCUACACAGUGGAAACUUCGUGAUUUUUUGUCCUCUGAAAUGUCGUCGAACAUUGUUAAUCUGUUGGUUAUUGGGGAGUCACUCAUUUCUGAUCCGCUACGAGAGCGUCCUUAUGUAUUGUACACACAUAAACUUUAUACCGACGGUCUCGGAUCGAAUACGCCCGUGGUCUUGACCAGCUGGAUAAAGGGUGCGUUAUCGCGACCACACAUUAAUCUUUUCCCACCAAAGUUUGUAGAUGGAUUUGCUGGUCAUCGCUUUCAAGUCUCCGCUGCCAACCAACCCCCUUUUAUGUUUCGUAUACGAACCCUCGACUCAAGCGGCAUGGGUCAACUUCGUUGGGAUGGUCUAGAAUUUCGUUUGCUAAAUAUUAUAUCAAAGCGGCUAAAUUUCUCGGUUGAUAUAACUGAGACACCAAUGGGUGCCUACUCGCGUAGUGUUACCGACAAUAUUCAGAAUCAAAUUUUGCGCAGAACGGUUGAUAUUGGAAUGUCAGGCAUUUACAUUACCGAGGAGCGACUGCGUGAUACAGAUAUGUCAGUGGGACAUUCUCGCGACUGCGCUGCAUUUAUAACGUUGGCUUCUAAGGCACUCCCAAAAUAUCGCGCUAUAAUGGGACCGUUUCAGUGGCCCGUUUGGGUUGCUCUAAUUUGUGUUUAUUUGGGCGGAAUUUUCCCUAUUGUAUUUACGGAUCGUUUGACUCUCCGCCACCUACUUGGCAACUGGGGAGAGAUUGAGAACACGUGCUGGUAUGUCUUUGGCAUGUUUACAAACGCCUUCACAUUCACGGGCAGGUAUUCCUGGAGUAAUACCCAAAAAAACUCAACACGUCUGCUAAUUGGCGCUUAUUGGCUCUUUACAAUUAUAAUCACAGCGUGCUACACAGGAUCAAUCAUAGCGUUUGUUACACUGCCAGCAUUUCCAGAUACCAUUGAUUCUGUACUUGAUCUGCUAGGCUUGUUCUUCCGAGUUGGCACGCUAGAUAAUGGUGGUUGGGAAACUUGGUUCCAAAAUUCUACACACAUACCCACUUCAAAGCUAUUCAAAAAAAUGGAGUUUGUCGGCACUUUGGAGGAGGGAAUUGGAAAUGUUACGCAAAGCUUUUUCUGGAACUAUGCCUUUUUGGGAUCGAAGGCACAGCUUGAGUACUUGGUUCAGUCCAACUUUUCGGACGAAAACAUUUCUCGACGGUCAGCGCUACAUCUCAGCGAAGAAUGCUUUGCACUUUUUCAAAUUGGGUACCUCUUCCCACGUGAAGCUGUAUAUAAGCGUAAGAUCGACUCAAUGAUUUUACUAGCACAGCAGAGCGGUCUUAUGACGAAGAUCAGUAACGAGGUCAGCUGGGCCAUGCAGCGAUCGGCGACGGGCCGUUUGCUGCAGGCAAGCUCAUCAAGCGCUUUGCGCGAGAUAAUACAGGAAGAGAGACAGUUGACUACAGCCGACACGGAAGGCAUGUUUCUGCUUAUGGGAAUCGGAUAUUUACUUGGAGCAAUUGCCCUAUUAUCUGAAAUUGUAGGAGGUAUAACCAACAAGUGCCGACAAAUUAUAAAACGUUCCCGCAAAUCUGCCUCCAGUAGUUGGUCAUCCUCAUCGCGCCCCGAUCCGGGCAUACAGCGUACGUCGGAAGAGCAGCAAAGACAUGAUGAACGGAAAGCAGCACGCCGAGAUGCAGCCGAUAGCGAAAACAAAAGAUUUGGAAUGCGCGAGUUCAAUCUAACUCGUACAACUUUGCGAGAACUUUAUUCUAAUUACAAUAGAUCGGAUCCAAAUUACCUAGUUAGGGAUGGUCAGCUGCUGGUUGAGAAUGAAGCACCAGUCUCCUCAACAUCCAACUCCCGUGCAUCCAGCGGGGAAUUGCCAUCCUAUUUACAUACGCGAACCCGAGCUACACUUUAA